CUCAUUCUAGAACUUUUUCCUUUUACUGGUCAAGAAAAAAGAAAAAAAGAAACAAAGAGAAAAACUCGACCGACUCCAAGCGACUUCAAAGUCAAUUAAUAGAGUUUGCUAAUUUGCGAGAGCUAUGGAGACGUGGAUCGCUCCGCUUGCAGUGCUCUUCGGGCUCUCCGUGGCUCUCCUCCUGAAAUCAUGGAUUCUUCGCCAACCAUCUGGAGGAGCUGGAUGCUCGCUGCCGCCAUCGCCAAGGGCACUCCCAUUAAUCGGGCACUUGCAUCUGGUUCUUGGCAAGCAUCUCCACCGUGCCUUCGGGGAAAUCGCUCGAGAGCACGGCCCCUGUGUGUUCCUCAAGUUUGGGAGCUCUCCUCACUUGGUCAUCUCCUCUGCCCAAGCCGCCAGAGAGGCCAUCCGAGUCCGCGACUCCACUUAUUCUUCCAGGCCUUUCCUAUCACCAGCCAAGAUUUUCGGUGCCGAUGGAAUUCUAUGGACGCCCUAUGGCGAGUACUGGCGAAACGUGAGGAAGCUUUGCACUCUGGAGCUACUGACGUUGAGGCAAAUCGAGCUCUCGCAAGCCGCGAGAGCCGAGGAGAUGGCUCUGGCCGUGGCAAAGCUUGUGGAGGCCUCGAGGGGUCCAAUGCCGCGCACUGUUAGCCUCACGCAGGUGAUCUCGGAUGUUACUUACGGCAUGAUCUUGCGAAAAGUUGUGGGGAAUGGCCACCGGAGGAACGAGGAAGCUCUGCGGUUUAAGCACUUGCUAAAGGAGGUGUUCGUCGCGGCGGGAGAGUUUUACGUGGGAGACACCAUGCCAUGGCUGCAGUGGCUCGACUUGAGAAAAGCGGCCCAUGCCAAGCGCUUGUACAAGCAAGUUGACGAGUACAUGCAGCGGCUUGUCGACGAGCAGCGCAGGAAAGGCGGGGAUAUUGGCGACGAUUUCAUCAGCAUAAUGCUGCGAAACGAGCUCUUCUCCAAGUCGGAUUCCUUCAUGAAGGCAAUCGUCCUGGACAUGAUCGGUGCUGGAACAGACACUAGCGCAGUGACGAUCGAGUGGGCGAUGGCGGAGCUCAUCAACAAUCCCAGAAUCAUGUCCAGGCUCCUGGAAGAGCUACACAGCGUGGUCGGGCCAUCGUCACUCAAGGUAGAAGAAGCCCACCUCGACAAACUCGUCUAUCUGGACGCAGUGGUGAAAGAAACCCUUCGUCUCCAUCCGCCUGCUGCGAUACUCAUCUUCCAGGCGGCACAGCCAUGCCAGGUGAUGGACUACUUUGUUCCGGAGGGAACACGGGUCUUCAUCAAUAACUAUGAGAUCGCCAGGGAUGAGCGCUGCUGGGAGGAGCCUCUCAAGUUCAAGCCGGAGCGGUUUGUGGAGAGAAACAUCGACAUUGUUGGCGUGCGCGACUUUGAGAUGCUCCCUUUUGGAUCUGGAAGAAGAGGGUGCCCCGGAAUCCAGCUUGGUUUGCGAGUGGUGCAUUUCGUCCUGGCCAACCUUGUGCAUGGCUUUGAGUGGAAGAACCCUAGCGGCAAGGAACUUGACAUGAGUGAAGGAUCUGGUUUGACACUACCUAGAGCAGUUCCUCUUGAGCUUACUAUAUCAUCAAGAAUUUAAAGCUCUUUUGUUUUAACUUACAAGUAAACUUUUUAUA